UGCGCCAGGGAAGGAGGCUUGAGGGGAGUGUGCGAGCAGCUGCCAGACGUCUCCCUCGCCUCCGCUGCCACCGUCCGCUACCUCUCUCCAGUGCGUGGCUUCUUUCUCCUAGUGUACGGGAAGAGGUGAGAGGAAAAGAAAAGGGGCAGUGUGGGGGACCCAGGAAGGCGCAAGAAGAAGGAGUGGUUCUAGUGGAGGAGACAGAGCUUGCAGCGCCCCGCAGACGGGUGGGAGCUCCCCUCGGCCUGCAGCCGGGAGAAGAGAGUGAGCAAGUCCUGGAGCUGCUCCCAGCGGCAGCAGCAGCACCACCACCACCUAGCCAACACCACCGGCGCUCAACCAGCACCAGCACCCGCACCCGCACCCGCACCCGCAACCCAACCAGCAGCAGCACCAGCAGCGCGCGAGGCGGAGAGGUUUAGCGAGUCCUGCCGCCCAGGCUCGCCGAGACUAAGACCGCAGGACGCGGCUGCCGCCACUCAUCUCUCCUCCGGGAGCCAGACGCGAGCUGCUCCUGAGGCUGCUCCGUGGGUCUCCGGCUUCCUUCGGCAGAGGUCGUGUUGGUGGGGGAGCUGUUCUUCAUCAGGGUCCUCGGGCUGAGUCUCCUGGCAUUUAGCAUCUGCCCUCAAUGGGACACUUUGGGCUUCGCCCUGGGAAGGGUUUCCUUGCACAGCGCGAGUUUUGCAACCUGAAGCACGCGGACAAAGUUUGGAAAUGGGGAGGGAGAGAUUGAGGAGCGGCCGCACUUGCUGUUGCACUUGCUUCUAACAAGCUUCCUCUGCACCCCCCCCCCCCCCCGCGUUCUCCUCUCCUUUCUGUCUCCUGUGCUCUGUUGCCGAGGGGGAUAAAGCAGCUCCCGCCUCGCCUGUCACCCUGGAAUCUGACGGCUUGGGUCCCUCAGGAGUAGAAUUAAUUGGUCCAGUGGAGAGGGCGUGGGCCGGGGAAAGGCUUUUGGGGAGCGCAUUCUCGGUGGGAUGCCCGUGGAGUUGACGCUUGCUUGGGAACACCUCUGAGAGCUAUCGCUCCCCACAACCACAGUGGGGACGUUCCUAGCGGCUCCUCUGACUUGCCUCUGGAGCCACCAAGGCCUCCAUUCUUUCAGACUCCUGCAAGCUCCUGCCCCACUACGCUCCACCACGACUAUACCCGGCUAGGGCGCCUGAGAAUGUGGGAAUGAUGACUUAGGAGCCGCCCUCUCCAUCAAAUCAUUGAUCAACCCUGGCCUGGAAGGGGAAAGAAGGGCGCUGACCUCAUGGAAAGGGGCAGACUCCGCCAGGACUUCUUCUGAACCCCUCCGUGACUGUCCCCUGUACUCAGCACCGGGCCCUUUGCCAAAGCCCCGGGUCCGGGCACUAACCCACCUAGGUGUCCCCGCGGGGCCCCUCCUCCCACUGGAGCCUGCGCCGCCCCGCGCUCCGGGUGGUGCCAUGUGGGGCGGACGUCUGUGGUCCUCCUCGCCCUCCUCCUCCUCCUCCUCGGCCUCCUCCCCCACCAUUCUGCAGCUGCUGCUGGCGGCGCUGUUGGCGGCGGGGGCGCGGGCCAGCGGGGAGUACUGCCACGGCUGGCUGGACGCGCAGGGCGUCUGGCGGAUCGGCUUCCAGUGUCCCGAGCGCUUCGACGGCGGCGAUGCCACCAUCUGCUGUGGCAGCUGCGCCUUGCGCUACUGCUGCUCCAGCACCGACGCGCGGCUCGACCAAGGCGGCUGCGACAACGACCGCCAGCAGGGGGGCAGUGAGCCCGGCCGCUCGGACAAAGACAGCCCCGACGGCGCCGCAGUGCCUAUCUAUGUGCCCUUCCUCAUCGUGGGGUCGGUGUUCGUGGCCUUUAUCAUCCUGGGAUCUUUAGUGGCUGCUUGCUGCUGCAGAUGUCUGCGGCCCAAGCAGGAGCCUCAGCAGAGCCGAGCCCCCGGAGGUAAUCGAUUGAUGGAAACGAUUCCCAUGAUUCCAAGUGCCAGCACCUCUCGUGGGUCCUCCUCCCGUCAAUCGAGUACUGCUGCCAGCUCCAGUUCCAGCGCCAAUUCCGGUGCCAGAGCUCCUCCGACGAGGUCACAGACCAACUGCUGCUUGCCAGAAGGGACCAUGAAUAAUGUAUAUGUCAACAUGCCAACUAAUUUCUCAGUGUUGAACUGUCAGCAGGCUACCCAGAUUGUGCCCCACCAAGGACAAUACCUGCACCCCCAGUAUAUGGGCUACACAGUGCAACAUGACUCCAUGCCCAUGACCCCUGUGCCACCCUUCCUGGACGGUCUGCAAACUGGGUACAGGCAGAUCCAGUCUCCUUACCCCCAUGCCAGUAGCGAACAGAAGAUGUACCCAGCAGUCACUGUGUGAACUCAUGGACCACAAAACUGGCUUUCAGUACCUAAGAUGAACAGGCAAGAAAGACUCUGGGAAUGAAUUCACCAACAGUCCAUUGGUAAAGAAUUCUCUAAACGGGAAGUCCUUGCAUGUUGGACAGCAUUUUUGGGGAAAGCAUUUCUUUUUGAUGGGCUCAUUUGCUCCAAAAUCUAUGACAAUUUCUCUUAAUUAGCAUUUCCAGAUAUGUUUCAUUCCAGUGCAUGAUUUUUAGUGGGAAAAAAAGGAUUAUGUUUAAAGUGUACAUGCUUUUUUGACAGCUCUGUGUGUGUGUGUGUGUGUGUAUGUGUGUGUGGGUGUGUGGGUGUGUGGGUGUGUGGUGUGAGCAUGAGUGUGAAAGAGAGAUGCUUGAGCCAACAAGUGCCCUUUAGGUACAGUAGUCAAAAGAAUUUUGUAAGUUACUAGAGUAAGGUGGUUUCUUUUUUUCCCCCACUCCCACCCCUUAACUGUAUGAGAUCAUGAUAUUAGUUACCUCUUUUUCCCUUGACUAUUUUGUAGACAAUCAAAUUGGCAAUGGAAAAGAAUGUAAUACAAUCAUAAAUGAAAAACCUGUUUUCUAUCUAAAACUGUCCAUUGGAGCUCAGCAUUUCCCAGGCACAUCUUAGUUUCGAUGUAAAUUUAUGUAUUUUGUCUAGUUUUGUGAUUGUGAAAAGCUCCUUUAUUUAUGUAGUAAUCUUAUGACAAAAUGGUUUUUUAUGUACAAAAAAAAAAUCACCCUUCACUGAGAUAUGGUAUAGAGGCUUUACCAAGCAAGACUCUGGGGUUAUUUUUAAUCUUGAAGAAGAUUAAAGAAGGGUGGAACAGCAAUAAAACCAUGAACUCUCUUCCUGAUUGUAUUUUAAUCUGACUUUACCAUAGCAUCGAAUAAGGUGCAAGACUUGGUUAUUCAUCUUAAUGAUAUUUUGUGCUUUCAAUUAAAAAAAAUCAGUUACUGCCAUCCCCUGGGUUACUUUUUGCUGUGGGAAGGUGUCCAUUUCAGCAUUUUAUUCUGCUUGGGUUAUCAGAGGCUGAAUUCCUGGACAGUAGUGAGUACAUUUCAGCUGUAGAUGAAAAAGGAGGGUCAAUAUUUCUGCCUAGAUCUGAUGAGAACGAUUUACUGUUUACAUAUGAUCAACACAGAUAAAACCAUCUACAAAUUUAUUUAAUAGGACUUUUCUACCAUGAUCCAAGUGUUGAGGGGUAAAUUUAUACCACAGACUUAUGACCUUUGGCCAAAAUAGGAGUAUCUAGCAGUUACAGGAGAAUGUGCAAAUAUAUACCCUUCAAUGAACCUUCUCUGACAUGGCUUGCUAUUUUCCCCCCUGGACAUCAAGGACUCUUGUCAUAUCAAAAGAAAGGUUUACAAAUAUGCUAGCUUUAUUCAGUAAAGAAGCUAGGCAUGUCUUGUUGUUUUCCUCUCUCAGUCUCUCUGCAGGAAGCACUCCAUUCAUUGCACAUACUCAGAUAAGGACCCCUGCUCUGAUUUAUGAAAUUCAGGUGAAUCUCUUUGUAUAUUGUUUACGUAUUAAGGAAAAAAAGUAAGUUAAGUAUGUGGAAAUUAUUUUAUUAGCUGGUGGAAACAUAAGAUUCUGAUUGUUAAUUAAAGUUUUGUGAAGUGUGGUAUUUUACAUGUUUUGAUAAUGUAAGACUAUGUCGGCAUCUGGUAUGAUUUUAAAAUUUCAAAAAAGGAUUCCUAAGAUGUUUUUACAAUUGAAGAAAAAGCAUA